AUGUGCAAGGAAACUCUGAACAGGGCAGCCGAUGUCGAUGACAUUAAGUAUGUUAUUAACUAUGACUACCCUAAUAAUUCGGAAGAUUAUGUCCAUCGUAUUGGACGAACGGGACGUCGUGAGAAAAAGGGAACCGCCUACACCUUCUUUACCCCUCAAAAUGCCCCUAAAGCCCGAGACUUGAUAAAAGUGUUAGACGAAGCCGGCCAAGUAGUCCCUCAAGGCCUCCGAGACCUACAAGCCAGAGCCGGAAGUGGAAGUAGUCGAGGUCGAUGGGGUGGCAGUGGAGGCGGAAUGAAGCGUGGAUAUAAUGGAGGAGGAGACGACUAUGCCGCCAAGAAAGCCCGAUAUGAUGGUGGUGGUUACGGCGGUGGCGGCGGCGGUGGACGAUGGUAA